AUGGACCACCCUCACCUAUAUACACCAGAGCCCUUUAAGGUUGCUUACGGAAGAGUUGGCCAGUACCGAAGAUUUCAGCAACCCAGAAAGAGAAAUGGCUCAUUCAAAACGAAAGGGAUUGAAAGAUGACAUAGAGCUGUGUCUACCAACUUAGUAAAACAAAAUGUAUUGGUCCCCAAAGAGGAAUCAUCCAAUGAGAGUGACGUGGAAUUUCAUGAAAGCCAGCAAAAUCAGAAAAGAGAUUUGGUCAAGAAAGUGAAGACUUUUUUGGGGAGGAUGCUGUCACACAAGUACAGAAGCAAGCCAGCAAGUGUCAGCAGAGAGGGCUCCACUAACCCUAAGGAAACCCUCCUUUCAAAUACGCAGAGCCUUCUUCCUAGAAUUGUCAAGGAGCUUCCGUCACCCAAGUUAUUUACCAAACCAAGAAUGAGAAAUCUCUCACAGAAUGCAACUAUACAACUUGAUGUUGUAGAAGCAGAGACAGGGGAGAUACCCCAAGGAAAUACACUCCUCUGAGCCAGGAGAGCCACCAAGCGGUUAUCUGUGACAUCCCUUCCCUCAGGACUGCAGAAGGUUCCAUAUUCCUCAAAAAAGAGACCACACUUUCCAGCAUUUUAAAAAAAGAAACAUAGCACAGAAAACAUCCUCCGAAAAUCAGAUUUGACAGUAGGAAAGCUUCAAAUGCAGGUGGAUGACCUCAUAGAAGCAGUGACAGAUAAAUCCAUGAAACUAUUGGCCCAAAGACAUGCUGAGCUUCAACAUGAGUUUCUAGGGGAUGAAAUCCUUCAGUUUUCCAAGCAGUUCCAGAGGAUAUCCAAGAGAACCAUGAGGAAGUAUAAAUUGAAAAACGUGUGUUUCCCAUGUACCUGGUGCUGCUUCUGAUUUUGUUUCUGACUGCACAAAACUUAUGUUCAUAGGGGUUCUUAUCUUUUGGUACAUAAUCCUGAAUAAGUUUCUCUUACUAAGUGGUGGCAGCAG